AUGACAUCAUAUCUGGUGUUUGCACGUAGGAUUAUUGUUGCCGCCACUGCCACUGCCAUCGCAGUGAAGUCAACUACGAUGGACUGGAGGAAGGACCUUGGAUUCACAGAUCGCCUGAAGGCCAUUCAGUCUCUUACAACCGCCUAUCAACAGACGUCUUCGCCGGCCGCUUUCGCCGAGGCUCAAGUGCAGGCCAGGCGAGAGGAGACGGAGUUCUACAAUCAAGCUAAUUCCAAGGGAGAAUAUAGUCGCAUGUGCCAACAGGCCGUCGAUGCGGCUGAGACGACUAAUUUUGCGACGCCGACCAUCACCAGCUCGGACCAAAUACAAGAUGACACCCAGGAGCCAGAACUGUCAUCAGAGCCAACAGUAGGCGAGAAGUUUGGUCCGUACACAUCGUGUUUCCAUCAUUUUGAUGGCCUCCAUUCGACCAUCUAUAAAUCAACAGCCGAAGAUGGCACCGUGCGAGCCAUCAAGAUCACCAUCCCGCGUCUUAUGACGGCUCCUCAUGACGCUCCGCGGGAGGCUCGAUUACUGCGAGAAGCACACAAUGAUCGGGUCAUUCCUUUAAUCGAGACCUUCACUCUGGGCGGAGGCCGCCUGGUGCUGGUCUUUCCCUUCCUGCGGUAUGAUUUCGAGCACUUGAUGCGGCGAGAUAUGGUUACCGCUACUCAGACACGAAACAUUUUGCGCGAUUUAUUCCAGGCCCUUGAUCACAUUCACAAGCUCGGAAUCAUCCACCGGGACAUCAAGCCCUCUAAUAUCCUAAUGGACUCGCCAAAUGGGCCGGCGUACCUAGCCGACUUUGGGAUUUCUUGGAAGGAAGGAGACUCGGGCUCCGAGCCGUCAGACCAGAAGAUCACAGAUGUCGGGACCACUUGCUACCGGCCCCCCGAGGUUUUAUUCGGUUAUAGGGGGUACGGAACAGCACUGGAUCAGUGGGCCGCAGGAUGCGUCGUCGCAGAGGCAAUCACGGUCGGUCACGGGCAGUUGUUUGAGCCCGGGCCCUUGGGAAGUGAUCUGUCGCUCAUUUUCUCGAUCUUCAAGACUUUAGGAACGCCAAAUGAGCACAGUUGGUCGGAGGUUGUUCAGUUACCCGACUGGGGUAAGGUUGAGUUCCAGUCGUUCCCAGCGCAAUCCUGGGACGAGAUCCUGCCGGGCUCCUCAUCUAACGGGCGGGAUCUGGCAAGUCAUUUGGUUUGUUAUGAGAGCCGCCAACGGUUUUCCGCUGAAGAGGUAAGCGACCGCGAGUCCAAUGGCUUACCAUGGGACGGAGGUUAA